AUGUACCUUCUGGACAGUCACUGCUCUGAAAGGAUGGAGAGGGGCACGCCUCAGAGGAAGACCGUGUACCGCAUCUCCCUCACCUUGGUGAAGAGGGAGAGUUUGGAUGAUGGGGGAGGAGGGUCGGGCCCCCGCCGAGCGGAGAACCCCAAGGUGGGCUCCUUCAGGCGGGAGGGCUCGGUGGAGCUCCAGCGUGGCGGCCUGCUGGAGCAGCUGAAGGAGGUGGAGGACGAGUCGGACGAGUUCUCAUCGUCACACGGCUACAUGAGGAACUUCAGGACGUUCAGCACGGGGCAGCUGGAGCUGGGGAGGCUGAAGAUAUCCAGGAAACAUCAGCUACAGAAGGAGCUGAAGGAGCAGGCCACCAGCCCCGUGGCAGAGCAUGGCAAAGAGGCGCCCGAGAGCGUUUCCCCUCAGAGUCAGGACGACUGUCAGAGGGAGAGCGGGCAGCAGGGAGCAGAGGAUUCACUCAGACCUCAGGAGGAGAUUUGCUCUGAAGCUCCACAAACAGACGCUGCGGUGGAGAACGGCAGCGUCACCAAGAGGAAGAGACUCCUGAAAGCCAAGAGCAUGGAGGAGAGGAGCUCUGAUCCUCCUCUGAACGCUGAGGGGAAGAUGUCCCACUCCAAAAGUAACGGCAAAGCAGCCAAAGUUUCCUCUCCUGACACCCCUCCCCUGAAGCGGCCGCCCGGCCUGCUGCGCCGCAGCUUCAGCUUCAGGCACUGGACGGGCGGCGAGCUGCUGCGACUGCGGGCGCUCUCCAAAGACAAACACCACAGCAGCUCCGGCUGCAUCAGCCGAGACGCCGGGCCGGACGAAGGCGAGAAGGACCCGGAGCCGGCUGUUGUGCUCCCAGCUUCCCGCCACAGCGACCUGACCAGGGAGAAGAGCAGGACUCUGGAGGUCGGGGCCGUCCUCAACAAGACGGACUCCAUGUCUGAGCUGAGCCGCUGGGAGAGAGCGCGAGGCAACAAGAACCGGACGCUGGACAACAGCGACCUGCUGCGGCUGUCGGCCGAGAAGGACGGAUCGGGAGGGGGGUUCCUGCUGCGGGGAGGGGGAGGUCGCUCCAGCGAGAGGCGUCUGGUUCGCUUCUUCAGCGGGAUCUUCUCCAGAAGGGACGGGGCGUCCACCUCCACACCGGUGGGAAGCCCCAGCACCAACCGAUCCCUCCGGCGGAGCAGGAGGACGGCGCUGUCACAGUCCAGCACGGAGAGCAUGAACGGAGGAAGCACUGACGAUGCGUUCGUGAACAGUCAGGAGUGGACGCUGAGUCGAAUGGUACCAGAACUGAAAGUGGGCAUUGUGGGUAACCUGGCCAGCGGUAAGUCGGCGCUGGUCCACAGGUACCUGACGGGGACGUACGUCCAGGAGGAGUCACCUGAAGCUGACGUGGACGCAGGCGGUCGCUUUAAGAAGGAGAUCGUGGUCGACGGUCAGAGUCACCUGCUGCUCAUCAGAGAUGAAGGAGGCCCCCCGGAGGCUCAGUUCGCCCUGUGGGUGGACGCUGUGAUCUUCGUCUUCAGCCUGGAGGACGAGAUCAGCUUCCAGACGGUUUAUCACUACUUCAGCCGCCUCGCCAACUACAGGAACACCGCCGACCUGCCGCUGGUGCUGGUGGGCACGCAAGACGCCAUCAGCUCGGCCAAUCCCAGAGUGAUCGACGACAGCCGCGCCAGAAAACUCUCCAACGACCUCAAACGCUGCACCUACUACGAAACCUGCGCCACCUACGGCCUCAACGUGGAGAGGGUCUUCCAGGACGUCGCCCAGAAGAUCGUGGCCACCAGGAAGAAGCAGCAGCUGUCCAUCGGCCCGUGCAAGUCGCUCCCCAACUCUCCGAGUCACUCGUCCGUCUGCUCCACGCAAGUGUCGGCCGUCCACAUCAGCCAGACGAGUAACGGCGGCGGCAGUUUGAGCGACUACUCGUCGUCGGUGCCGUCCACGCCCAGCACCAGCCAGAAGGAGCUCCGCAUCGACGUACCGCAGACCACCAACACGCCCACGCCCGUCCGAAAGCAGUCCAAACGCCGCUCCAACCUCUUCACCUCGAGGAAGGCGAGCGAGCCGGACAAGGACAAGAAAGGCCUGGAGGCUCGAGCCGACAGCAUCGGCAGCGGGCGGGCCAUCCCCAUCAAACAGGGCAUGCUGCUGAAGAGGAGCGGCAAAUCCCUCAACAAGGAGUGGAAGAAGAAGUACGUGACGCUGUGUGACAACGGGCUGCUCACCUACCACCCCAGCCUGCAUGACUACAUGCAGAACGUCCACGGGAAGGAGAUCGACCUGCUGAGGACCACGGUGAAGGUGCCGGGGAAGAGGCCGCCUCGCGCCGUGUCCACCUGCGCCGCCGUGCCGAGUCCCAAAACCAACGGCCUGACGAAGGACAUGAGCAGCCUGCAGCUGGGACAGACUCCAGGUUCGGUGACCAGCAGCUCGUCGGUGUCUCAGAUGGCGAGCGGCGUCAGCCUGGUGUCCUUCAACAGCCGCGGCAUGGAGGGGAUGCACCAGCGCUCGUACUCCGUCUCCAGCGCCGACCAGUGGACCGACGCCACCGUCAUCGCCAACUCUGGAGUCAGCACCGACACGGGCCUGGGAGACUCGGUCUGCUCCAGUCCCAGUAUCUCCAGCACCACCAGUCCCAAGAUGGAGCCGCCGCCGUCGCCGCACGCCAACCGCAAGAAGCACCGGCGGAAGAAGAGCACCAGCAACUUCAAGGCCGACGGCCUCUCUGGUACUGCAGAAGCCAAACGUAAAGCGUGGAAACUAAAUCGUGUCGGUAGUCUGCGCAGCAUUUACACCAACAGUCUGCACAACUCCGAAGAACAAGAGGAGAACUUUGAGUUCACCAUCGUGUCGCUGACGGGGCAGACGUGGCAUUUCGAGGCCACGUCAUACGAGGAGCGAGACGCCUGGGUCCAGGUCAUCGAGAGCCAGAUCCUGGCCAGUCUGCAGUCCUGCGAGAGCAGCAAGAACAAGUCUCGUCUGACCAGCCAGACGGAGGCGAUGGCUCUGCAGUCCAUCAGGGGUAUCCGUGGAAACGGCCACUGCGCCGACUGUGAAGCUCAGAACCCGGACUGGGCGAGUCUCAACCUCGGGGCCCUGAUCUGCAUCGAGUGCUCGGGCAUCCACAGGAACCUGGGCACCCACCUGUCCAGGGUCCGCUCCCUGGACCUGGACGAGUGGCCGCUGGAGCUCAUCAGGGUCAUGUCGGCCAUCGGCAACGAGCUCGCCAACAGCGUGUGGGAGGCCAACGCUCAGGGACGCCUCAAACCGGGACCAGACGCCAGCAGGGAGGAGAGGGAGCGCUGGAUCCGGGCGAAGUACGAGCAGCGUCUGUUCGUGGCGUCGCUGCCCUGCACCGACCUCUCUCUGGGCCAGCAGCUGCUGAGGGCGACGGCCGAGGAGGACCUGCGCGCCGUCGUCCUGCUGCUCGCCCACGGGUCCCGCCAGCAGGUCAACGAGACGUGCGGAGAAGGAGACGGACGCAACGCGCUGCACCUGGCCAGCCGCAAGGGCAACGUGGUCAUCACACAGCUGCUCAUCUGGUACGGCGUGGAUCUGAUGGCGAGGGACGCCCACGGUAACAGCGCGAUGGCGUACGCCCGGCAGGCCAACAGUCAGGAGUGUGUGGACACGCUGGCUCAGUACGGCUGUCCCGACGAGCGCUUCCCGCUCAUGGCCACGCCCAACCUGUCGCGCCGCAACACCAACCGCAACAACAGCUGCAGCAGCGCCGGGAGCACCGCGCUCAUAUGACCACCAUUUAUAACCAUGUGACUCUCUACGGGAAACGAACACAGAGAAUCCUGACCUUUUAUUUUGGGAACCACUACCUGUUGUGACUCUUAAGCCCCGCCCACUUCACCCGACAACCACCACUGCCGCUGACGGCUCGUUAGGACUAAAACUGAUCAGAGGUCAGUGGUGACGCUGCGUCUGUUUGGGAGAGCCCUCGACAGGACAAAAAAAACCACCCAAAGCAUGCUGGGAAAUGUGGUCCACAAUCAUCCGAGCUCGGUUCGUCAUCAAGAGACAUUCAUGGCUCAUCAGAGCUUUUUGGGAAAUAAUCACAUGACUGAUGACGGCCAAUCAGGGCACAGUCUGAAGCUCGACGGACAUCAUACCUCAUCAUUUAACACUACACGGCCAGUUCCCGCUCAAACUCAAAGAAACUCCUCGAAGGACUCGUCCAGCAUCACUCUGCUUUUCACCCAACAACCAAUCAGAAUCCACGCCCUCUUUCCUUUCCCGCCAAAACAUAUCUUCUUCGGUCUGAACAGGAAACGAGAUAAAGAAACUGUGAGAAUGAAAAUAUCAUGAGGGGGCGGGUCUUCACAUCCUCAGACCACGCCCACAAACACAACUGCUUUUCCAGGAAGGCCUUUGAUCAUCAUCAUCAUCAUCAUCAUCAUCGCUCUGAGUCACUGGAGGACUCCUCCCCCUCCGACCCUCCUGCAGCGUCAGUGUUUCACCUGCUCUCACCUGGAUUCCUUUUUCUUUGAUGAAUUCUGUGAACUCUCCUGCCUUCACACGCUUUUAAUGUGAAAAUAUCUCGGUGUAAAAAAACAGAUUUCAGAUCAGUUCUUAGCGGUAAAAGAAGUGUGAUAGAUCGCAUGUCCUAGACACUUAUUUUUGCUUUUUUUUUCUAUUUUAAUUUAAGGUUUUUCCUGGAUUGUGUAUAUUCAUGUCGAUGUGCAUUGCUGGACCAAUGGUUAAAACACAGGGAAGGGGAUUUUUGUUUUCAGGUGUAUAAAGUCAUUAAAUGUACAGAAGCUCUUUCCAGGCUCAGGGACCGGAGACUGUCGAUCGUAAACACCCCGUCAUCUUUUCCCUGUCAGGCCUUCAGGAGUUUGGGUUUGGACUGUUUUCACUUCACUCAGUUCAGCAUUUAAUCCAAUUUAAACCCCGACAACAAUUUCAAAAAUGAGUAAAGUGAAAGACUUUGUAGGUAAUUGUUUAGCAGGUUGUCGGACUGGACGACAUGAUGUAAAAACUGUCACAAGUUCCCAGAAAGAAAUCCAGCAAAUAAAUAUAAAUAUUAAAAACAGGAACUGAUGAUUUUGUGGUUAGAAAUUGACCUGAGAGAUGAAUCAGUUCUCAGAGUAGCUGCGUAUGUUGAUUUCACUCUGAAUCGACUGAGCUGAAAACAUCUUAAACCCAAACCUGAUUUAGAUCCUGGUCGUAAACAUUCGAUGUAAAGUUUCCCUGAAUCUUUGUUGUUAUAACUUGUACGAAUGGAAGAGACAAGAAGCAGCUAAGAAGCAAAACAGUCACACGGAGCAAAAAGGGAAUCGAUCUGCUUCUCCUCGUUCAGGUGUUCAGUUUUUAAUGAGCUCGGUUUAUAUAAUCUGCUGUUAACGAAUCAGUGAUGAUGAGACGAGCUACAAACUCUAAACCUCUCUUCAGAAUCAGGAACCUGAGACGUGAACGUGACACAAGAACCGAGAUCAACGUGUAAAGUGUGUAAAGAUUUAUCUGUAAUGACCUCUGAACGAGAUCACAGGGAGUUCCCUCCCAUUACCCUCAGCCUUUCAUCUGUCUCGUCCAAUCAGACGCUCUGCCUGAUCUGCUCAGCGAAUCACUAAGAAGGGCUUCUUCUUCUUCUUCUUCUUCUUCUUCUCUAGUGUGGAAACCUAUUGUAAAUAAUCUUCUCUCCUCCUCUGUCACUCUCUCUCUUUCGACGGGGACGUGGUGUAAAUUAGAGAACACGAGAUGAACUGACUGUGUGUCGGGUCGCAGAGUGGAGGUGAUCCGUUUUAAUGUCAGGAAGAAGUCACCUCCACGUUGACUGAAUGUCGUGUGUUUUCGCUCAGUGUCACGCUGAUCCACCAGGCCAGGAGGUUUAACAGGUAACCAGGAGUCUGAGCCACUGGUCCCCAACCUGGAGAAAUCCUGGAUGUAUGUCCAAGAGUCCAGAUGAGAUCAAGCCGUGUCCAAAUACAAAUAAGUCUGAGUGGAUACUGAGUCUUAACAGGGUCAAGUUAAAAUGUGACUCAGGACUGAGACCAAAUAACCACGAGAGAAAGUCCAGACCAGAACAGUCUAAACGGUUCCUGAGAAAUAUUCUUCACACUGUCUCAGUAAAAGUCAAGUUUGAACCUUACACACCUGAAGUUGUGAGCGAGCAGAACAGUGAACCCAGAUCACAGCAGGUCCAAUCUAAUGUCACUGUUGUGAUGCUCCUCCAGACUCUGUCUCACUCUUACAGCAGCUGGGUGUGAGGUUUUAUUGAAACCACUGGCACGCGGACAGAUGUGAAACGCAUCUUCAGGUUGGGAACCAGCGGUUUAAAGAUCCACUUGGAACGAAUCAUGAAUGUUGUUAAUUCAAGUUAAUUUCAGGUUUGAUGUCUUUUCCACACCUCUGUCAGCCUGGUGACGUCGGCGUAGAUCGGACUGAGCGCAGAUGUUUUGUGUUGGUGUCUGGAGCGUGAGACGUGCGGACUGAGCGUCUCUGAUCAGGACUGUCGGGAAAGACGCUCCGUCACCUCGACGUGUGUGAUGAUUUAUUUCAGCACGAUUCUUCGUCUCCGCCCUCGUCACUGUUUCGUCCUCAGACUUUCACAGAGACGUUUUUCCGCAGAGGUUGAGGAGCGGCUCUCAGCCCGACUGUGUAUGGAAGCAAUAUCCACAAACUCAUCUUCACUGUCGCAUCGUCGCUUCAUCGAACCACAAACGCUCUGUUUGUGGAAAUGUAAGAAAUAUUUAAAAGAAAAAAAAACACUAAAACUUUCCUCCUUAUGCCAUUUUUUUUUUUUUACACAUUGCGCCUUUAUGUUUCUAAUUUCGUCCAACCCUUUUCUAAACGUGCCACGCCCCCAUUAUUUCCCCCACCAGUCAUCUCAAAGAUGGCGUUGGAUCCCCCGUUAAUACUAAACCAAGGGGUUGAACUUGUGUUUUUAUUUUGUGUUUUUAUAAUUGACUCGUCCCGCGUCUGUCCUGAAGCAGGACAGAAAGACAGGGCAAAGAUGUCCUUUUAUUUAUGACAGAAAUGCACUAAAUCUGAUUCAGUCCGUCUUAAGCCCGACUCUUCCCACUACAGCUUUCUUUUUCUCUUAUUUUGGCAUUUUUCUAAGCGGUGGCAGCUUCUGGCGGUUUCCUCUAAACUCAUUUGUGCUCUUACUUUAGUUUCAAAAUUUGAGAAAUGUUUAUUUAAGUUCACAGGUGCAGAGAAAGAAUGAUGAUAUCUGCUUUUAAAUUAUUGUAGCCACCAAAAUAAUCUGUCACAGGAUUUCAACAUGCAAACAAACAGGUCUGCUUUCACAGUAAAAUGACAUUAAUUCAACUCAACAGGAGCAUUAAAAGCUCGGUGCUGUCUCCUUUUAAAUGCUAACUGGCACAGAAGUAAAGCUAACCCUCACUGCUAGCUAUGAGCCCGGUAGCAUGGCAGCUUAGUUUCAGUUUGCAAGCUAACACUUUCUACAUUACCGUUCAUGUUAAAAGUUGAAACAUGAAAAGUUGGAAAAUGUUUAAAAAUAAAAACGUUACGUGAAGCUCCAGACACAGCUAGCAGUCAACCAGCUAACUCAGCUAACAGUGAGAACUCUGUUUGAAGGCACAGAAACUGCUGAGUCAUCCGCUAUUGAAGCUAACUGUAGCUAGCAUGGUUUAAACUUUGGUGUAAACUUUACUGUUUUCCCUCAAGUCAUUUGAACCUGUUCCUUGUUUUUCUAAACACAAAACCAAACGAGGAAAUGUUUUGAGACUAGAAACUUCCUGUGAAGCUCCACCCCCAGCUAGCGUCCGUUAGCUGAGUUUAGCUAACAGAAAUGAUAAUACACUUGCUGAAUCUCCUUCAGUACAUGAACUGUUUCCACUACAGCUAUUGUUUUUUAAGUUUGUUUUUACAUUAGCUUCUUCAGUCAGUAGCACCUACUGUUCAAUUCAAAACAGAUUCAAGAUUAAAAACAUCCUGUGAAACUCCCGUUGCAGCUAGCAUCUGUUAGCUAAACUCAGCUAACGGACAACAGCGCGGCGCAGUAUAUUUUCUAGCGCUGUUAGCUCAGACAUCACAAGCGUUAGAUUAGAACGACUGAAGCUUCCUGGUGGUAAAUAAACCGUCUUUGCUCUGGAAACCACGGAAACUGCGUCAGCGCUAAUGUCGCUGCCCGUCACCGUCUGCACCGCCUCACCUGUACAUAGACUUUAAACAACAAAACGAAGAAAAAAAACGACUCCGUAUGGUCAACGUUUGGUUUGUCUGGUUGUGUUACCUCAUGUAGCCUUUACCCCUAAGCUCCACCCACCAGGCCUGCCCACCACAUUAUUUAUAAACCCACCUAGCAAGAAAGAUCCCUCCCACUCAGACCUGCGAUUUUGUAUAUUUUCCUCCGACCUCUCCAGUCCAUCCAUGUUUUAUUAUUGUUAUGAUUUAUCAUCCAGACACAUAUUGUUCUCAUUGUCAUUGUUAUUCUAAAAAUUAUUAUUAUUAUUGACUUUUGUUGGCUGUACAGUACCGUUGUUGAAAAAUUUUACCUAAUACAGAGUCUUCUACUGUAAUGUGUGUCUCUUUUCAAUAAA